AGGGGGCGGUAGUGCGCAGCCUAUUCAAGUCAGCAGCCGAGUGCGGACCAGAAGAAGAAGCGGUCCAAAGCGGACGGAAGUUCUCCGGUGUCCUUGUGCUAACGCAGCAGCAACAUGAACAGAAGCCUUUUUGCGCUCCAGCAGGUGGCGCGGCGGAGCUUUUCCAGCUCCUCUCGCAGGCCGGUCCAGAACCAGGUGCCCAAGAACCAGAAGCUGUUCCAGGAAGACAACGAUAUUCCUGUUCACCUGAAGGGAGGCACCGGCGACGCCCUGCUGUACAGAGCCACGAUGACCCUCACGGUGCUCGGAACCGGAUACGUUUUGUAUGAACUGUUGAUGGCAUCGUUCCCUCAGAAGAAACCGUGAGCUCUCCACCAUCCUCUUCCUCCUCCUCUUCCUCCUCCUCCUCCUCCUCUUCUUCAUCUCCUGUGUCCAUAAACCGUCAGCUGCUCAUGGGAUCAGUAACUUAUUCUCUGUUUGAGAUCAAUAAACCUCUCGUGAACAAC